CGAUUGCAUAAUUUGACUUUGUUUAGAGAGAUCGAGCAAGAAAAUAAGAAAGAAGAAGAAGGAUGUGUUUGGUGUUCGUGUGCGAUCAAGACGAGAGGGUGAUUGGAAGGUACGCAGCUCCUGGAGCGUGUCCGUAUUGCGGCGGAGCAGUUCAAGUGGUUGACGUUAAUAGCCAAUGGAGAAUUUGCUUCGUUCCUCUCUCUAAUAAAGGCAAACAUCGCCAUCUCUGUUCCACUUGCGGUAAACGCCUCGUCGUCCAUGGCUGGAACCACCAUAAAAAAAAAAAAACUCUAAUUUCCUCCGACUCCGAGAGAUCAUUUCUAUAAUGUAAAUAUUCAAAUUUCUGAGUUGCUUUGUGUAUCGUAUUUGUAAACGUUUGUAACAAAAUAAAAGAACAUGUCUACUGUUCUAUGAUUUCUCAGUUUAUGUAUGAAUCAUGAUUAUGAAAUAUUCAGCUUACAGAAAUGCAAAAAAAAAAA